CAACUAGCCCAAAACUUGUCCGUUUCAAAAUAACGUACGUGCAGCAAGCGGAAGUCAAUAUAUUCACCAACUUGCUGUUACUGAAUGUCGCUGGUAAACAAGACGGGUUUAAGCGCAAACUGGCUUCUUGAAGUUUUUAGUUUAAUUUUUGCAUAUAAAAUAAUAUUGUGAGGUUUCAUGAAACAAUGAAUCAUUCAAAUCUAUUCAACGAGCCUUGGAGAGUACGAAGUAAAGAAUUUACCAUAACUGUGACGUUGUUAGGUAAGUGACAUGAAAUCAUUGAUGGAUAAAUAAGCUAUUUCGCCUUAUUUCAUCAUGAAAUUUAGCUUUCGAAUGAACUGUGGCUUCUCUGGGCUGCAAUAAUGUUUACCUCAGUGUUGGCGAUCGUGAAUGCAGCCCGGGGAAUGCAGUUCGCUUCACCUGCCCUUUGGCCCUGAGUUAUCAUUUUGAGAACGAGUUCGUGCCAUUCGUCCAGAGAAGAAAUCUUUCACUGGCCUUUUCGACACUCAGUGUGCUUCCUUACAAUUCGGAAAAGGAAGCUUGUUGACUGAACAGACGUAGAAAGAAUUUAAAAAAAGGUACGGAGUGUCAUUCCUGACCUUACGUUGAUCUAACUUUGAGCUUAAUGGAAGGCUUAGUUGUACUGGGAGAAGCAUGUUAAUAAAGGAGUUUGUUGUUUUAAUUUUAGAGAUAUCACCUGCAGUAUAUAGUGAUCUAGGGCGUGUGAAAUGACUGCCCACAUUGAAUCAUCAAAAACUGCGAAGUUUACCGUAAUAGCUAUCAAUGAAUACUACUCAGUGUGCUGCAGCCAUUUUGGUCUAAUUUGCAUCACAAUACUGUAAAUUAUUUAAAUUAUUAAAAGACAGCUAUUAUAAGUUGUUUUUUUUUUUAGGUUUCAAUUGACGUAAAUGAUCAGGUUUAUAUGAUAGAUAAGAUAGGUUAGUCCUCUCAUCGCCAGUGCGCGACGAUUCCUUUGUAACAACUAAUUGUAAGUGAAGCGGCACGCGUCAGUAUGACGCCAAUCCUGACUGUAACCACAAAGUCAACGCAGCUGCAAGCAAGAGGAAGGAAGCUUAAACCGUUACUAUGACAACGUCGAGGAGGGCUACACGCUACGUUCUUACAGAUUACUUUAGAAUUAAUUAUAAUUAUAUAUUGUAUACACAAAUCCUGUCUGAAGGUCUCUUAAUAUUAAAAGCAUUGUGCAUUAUAAGAGCGACGGUCAGGAAAAAUCGACCAUUGAGUGGCAAGAGUUGAAAAAUCGACUUCCUUCAUUUUUUGUCCAUAAAUAGCUUUUAGAUAGAUAAGUAAUCUGAUGUAAGUUGUUCUCUCAAUGACAAAAACUUUAAUUUAGUAGUUGUUUUCUGCGGUAUUAUUCUUCAUGUGGUACAGCUCCAAAUUUUCCCAGUCCUCGUUUAUUCACACAUUUAGACAUUUAUCUAAAGCAUACCUGAGGAUUGGCUUGGGUUCCUGGAGGCAGCCUCCAAACGAAAGUAUCGAAGUCCGGUAAAUAUAGUGAAGCGUGGGCAAAGUAACUUAUGUAACGGCUCUGAGUUUCCUUGAUCCUAAAGUAACAAGACGAAAUAUCUUCCUGUUCCGUCAUCCUUAGCGAAUUACCAUUGUUCAGUCCUUAUUUUUCGAUAAAAAGUGAGUACCAGAAUACUAGCGCGUUUCCUAGCUGAAGGUCUAGUGAUACGAACAUUACAGGGAUCAAAACUUACCUUUUCGAAAAUUUAAGCGAGAAAAAAGGCUCCCGAAAAUUCUAGGUGACCUUUUUAGGGUAAAAUCCGUUAAAAAUGGGCAAUUAUACCAAUUUUUAGAUGUUCGAAAAUCCUAGGAGAGGCAGGCAAGCAAGAAAUUUUACAACAAAAGUUCCGAAAAUUCUAGAUCUCAAAUCGUCUUCCGACCAGAUAUUUUACAAAAAUUGACCUUGGGUGCCCCUGAUGAGUGGAGCGGCGUCUGAACCGGGCCUUAUCAACCUAAAAGCUGUCUAUGAACAAAAAAUGAAAGAAAUUUAUUUUUCAACUCUUUCCACGAAAUUAAGAUUUUGGUCGAUUUUUCCUGACCGUCGCUCUUAAAAGCAGUGUCUUUACUGCGGUUUUCAAAAACACGCGAACUCCGAAGUUCAAAAGCCGCCUGCAGAAUUACGUUUUCCGUCAAUCGUAAUUAAGAUCACAAGCAACGAACCUUGAAACGCAAAAACACACAAAAAGGAUCGAAAUCUACCAAUAUAAUCACAAAUCACAAACCAUGACCUUUUAAACUCGUUGAAGUAAACUUCUGUUUCCUAGGAGGUCAGCUAAGAUGAUCGACGGCAGCGAAAAACGCAAACGUCAGUUGGGUUUUCAACUUCAGAAUUCGCGUGUUUAUGAAAGACGCAGUAAGUUACCUCGAUACAAGAUUUACUUCAAUUUAAACGAAUGAGCAUCCACAAAGUUGCUUUAGAAUAUUUCCAGUUUAAUUGGCAAAUUUCCCUUACCAGGUGACUGAAUUGUUUCAGUACAUCUAGACGGAAAAACUAGCUAUCAUGUCCUAAGGUUCUCUUUUAUAAUUUGGCUUUUUUUAGUGAAGAAGAAAUGUACUUAAAUGUACUGGACGUAAGUGGCCAAACGCACUGUAGUCAGUUACUAUGGUUCAAUUUUUAACCUUCCGUUGGCAUAACUGACAAUAAUGCGAAAAUAUAUACACGUUUUGAUGACAUUGUCAUCGGAAAAAAUGCUGAAACGAAAAAUGAAAGAAAGGAAAAAGCCAAAUAGGAAAUAAUUAGGGUUACUUAACCAUAGCUAUAAGCGUGCAUUCAUUUGAAACAUACGAGUACAGCCGUCGCAUUUGCUUUUUUUUUACGCCUAAAAAACGCCUAAGCUGUAAAUGAAUACAUUCUAUAAUUGUUUAUUAGUCAGCCUUAUUUACUCCUAUUUGUCUUUUUUUUUUUUCACUUUUUUCUUAGACAACGUUAUUGCAAUGAGGUAUAUACACUGUAUGUGUUUCGAUCUUUUAUAGGGCUUAUCAUGAUAAUUGGACUUGUUGGUAAUGUCAUUGUGGUGGCAGUUAUUACAACUUUGCGCAAGAGAGGCCAAAAGGCCUCUGUGCAGCUGUUUUUUCUUCACUUAGCAAUCUCGGAUCUCAUGGUGUGCCUUCUGUGCAUUCCGCUGACCAUUUUUACAAACUUUAACUAUCCAACUGAGUUCCACGAAAGAGACGUUGGCCUGUGCAAGAUAUCGCGAUUCAUGCAGGUACUAGAACUCCUAUUAUGUAUCAGUCAAUUUGAAAUCUCAACCUUUCCCCCCUCCUCCCUCCGAAAACUCAUGCAGGUCCUGGAUCAAAUCGAACUCUCAACCUCACCCCACUCUCCCACACCCCCCAACCCUCUUCUCACCCCAUAACACUGGGGCUUUUUUUACAUGCAUGUUUUUUAUUUGGAGUCUUAUACAAUAAAUAGUAUUAAUAUCAACUAUUUCCAAAUAAGUAAAAUUAAAAACAACAAAAAUUCCUAACCAUAUAUGGCUCAUAAGUUAUUUUAAUAAAAUUCAUUAAGUCCUAGAGUAUUUACUUUUUGCCGUCUUCCCCGGCCCUUUCCUUUUUUCAAAGCAUUCAAGUACAUGUUUUGCUAUUAGUUUUUGUAUUUUAGCUUUUGCGCUAUUGGGUUUAUUAGAAACAUGAAUAUUUUGUUAGGUGACAUUCUGCUUAUUUUUAUUCUAAAUUCUUUUUCCAAAUAAUCUAGUACAGUCAAACCUCUUUAAUACGGACACCAAAGGGACAGAACCAAGUGUCCGAUUUACAAAGGUGUCCGUAUUAUAGAGGUAGGGAACGUAAGAUUUUUGGCUUUUUUGGGACCAAACGAACUGUCCGUAAUAGGGAGGUGUCCGUAUUACAAAGGCGUCAGUAAGGAGAGGUUAGACUGUAACAAACAUCUUUUUUCCUGGUAAGCAAAGCAUAUAUUUAGAAAAUGGUAUUCGUCCUCCAUUUCUAUUUUACAAAUUGAGAAAAUUCUUUCUUCAGGUUUCAUAAACGGGCAUGAACUUUAGAAAAUCGAGGAAAUUCACACAUGACACAUAACGCCCCAUGUAAGGUAAUCCAAGACAGUCUUGGAUUCUGGACUCCACGCCGUGGAUUCCGGAUACUUUGUCAGUAAAACUUGGAUUAAGGACUCCAAUCUAGUGUUGUCAAUAAUUAUUGACAAUAGAGUACUAAAGUGGUGACGUCAUAAAAAUGAAAUUUCUGAAAUUAUGGGAUUGUCAGGAUAUUCUGAAAGAACAAUGUCCAAGAGGCCUACUUGCCAAAAAUGAGCAUUUCGGAGCAAAUUGUCUCUGAGAUCGCAGCCUAGUUAUGCUUAGAAAACUUUCUGAAAAAAUUUCUGAAAUUAUGGGAUUUGUCAGGAUAUUCUGAAAGAACAAUGCCCAAGAGGCCUACUUGCCAAAAAUGAGCAUUUCGGGGCAAAUUUUUUUUGAGUUUUCUAAUUAAGCAUAACUGGGCUACGAUCUCAGAGACAAUUUGCCCGGAAAAGCUCAUUUUUGGCAAGUAGGCCUCUUGGACAUUGUUCUUUCAGAAUAUCCUGACAAAUCCCAUAAUUUCAGAAAUUUCAUUCUUAUGACGUCACACUUUAGUGCUCUAUACCAGAUGACAAUAAUGCACCCUUGACGGUCGUCAUAGCGAGGUACAUUUCUUUUCCAAUGAGCUCUAGCGACUCCAGAUUCAAAUGCACCUUUAAUUGAAAUUGUGGGUGGCAAAGAUUACUUUUCUCAGCUUUAUAUUUACAUCUAUAACCUUAGAGACCUCAUUGCCCAGGGUGAUACUUAAAGCUCAGGGACCGUCCAAUUCGCGAUCAUGCUGAUAUGUCGGCCACUCUGUGCUGUCGAUAACCUGAGAAAACAUCCGACAUUUGGCAACGCCACCACUGGUUUUCCCGCGAAUGACAUCUGAGAAACGAGCGCAGAAAUUCCAUACUGAUGGCACGUCACUACCCAGAUCUGAGUAGUGCUUCUGGUUGGUUGAAGCAAAUUUUCAGCCAAUCAGAACACUACCCAGAUCUCUGCAGUGACGUGUCAUUAGUAUGGAAUUUCUGCGCUCUUUUCUCAGACGUUAUUUAAUUUAAUUCUCGGAGAAACCAGGGGUGACGUCGCAUAAUGUCGACUGUUUUGUCAGACUAUGCCGUCGAGUGCCUUCUAAAAUUCUAAUUCUGAUUUGGUAAUUCCGAGAAAAAAAUAGCACUCUCAAUAUCAGCUUUAAUUUGUCAUGUGCCGCCAAUAUUGCUUCCAUUAGAUUAUAAUCUUCAUUUUCUGUUUUCCUCCUCAGCACUUCAGCCCAGUAAUCUCCGUCAGUCUGUUGACAGCAAUAAGCAUCGAUCGUUACCUGACAUUUGUAAAGCAAGAGCUAUCUUGUACUCAAAGACCUUGGUACUUGAGACCGACUUGGUUGAUCGCCUUCGCUUGGGUCUAUGGUAUAGCCCAGACUAUUCCUGUGUUCUUUUCAACAAACGUCAUUCAGAUUGAUUAUGAAAACAGCACCAUCUUCUACUGCACUACUACACAAGGCAAUAAACCUUUUGGAAAGAUCUACCUAAUUGCUUCGGUGUUUUUCGGGUUUGUGAUACCCUUAAUGGUAUUAACCAUAUCAUACUUUAAAGUAAUAAGAACAAUAUGGACAAGGAAUACCAGGCUUUCGUUCUCUGUUGACGAUAGUGGAUCUGAUGCUAAUGAAAUUGCAAAUGCUGAGCUUCUGAAGAGAAUUCGACUAAGGGUUGUUCGUGUUUUGGUAAUUGUUGUUAUAUGUUACGUAGCAUGCUGGCUACCAUUUGCCAUCUACCAUGGUUUUUUGGAGCAAUACCUCAAGGAAGCUCCCAACCCUAUGGAUGCGGUUCGCCUCAUAACCUAUGGCCUGGGCAUAAUGAACUCAAUUUGCAACCCUUUCAUUUACUUUUUUAACGUUGGCGGAAAGUCCUUCCGCUCUAUGUAUCAAAGAUUUCUGGAGGUUAUGGGAGGCAGAGCCAGAUCGCCAAUGCCACCCUUUAAUUUGGUAGAUCGCCAGUAAACCAACACGGCGAAAGACUUUUGGUGAUAAUUACGAUCAUUGCCCCACAUCGAAGGUGGCACAACUUAAUUGUUUCGGGUCAAAUAUGAACGGGCCAUCCACCUUUGUGGCAUCAGACAAGAUAUUUUAAAAACUUGCAGAUACAAGUGAUCCUCCAAUGUUAUUUGGAAUUAAACUGUGAACUAAGAAGAUUAUCUAAUCUCAAUUGAAGAGAAUAGAUUAACUGAAAAGAAAUACUCGUACUACUUCUUAUGUUAUCAGAGCCAUACCGAUGAACAUAAUUAUUGCGGGCGACAAGAGGGGCCCGCAAUCCUAAUCUCUAGGUUGUUAUUACGCAUGCGUCGCAUGUAGACAGCAUUCGUUUGGACUUCCACUAAGAAUGAAUGGAAUGCACAGAACGCAAUUUGAUCACGCGCGUUUGGAUUUGCUCUCACUCCUAAUAUGAUCACGCUUGUUUUAACUAUCUGUCGCUUGAAACUUACGCGAAGCACAGCGAUGGAGCAAAAGCGCUUCGUUGUCGCCCGCACUCCGUAACCUAUGGUUAUUACUAGUUUAUAAGUUAAUAAUUUACGAGCCUUUAGUUUAGGUAUGAGCAAGAUUGUUUCAUCAAGUUUAAAGCAUGAGGCCAAGUUUCUGAAUACUGAUUCAGAGGGUUUUUGGUUAUAUGGUUUUUUUUCGGAACGCUGUAAAAAAAAUCCUUUUUAGAAACUCAGUCGUGUUGAAUUUAUUUUAAGACUCGCAUUUAGCUUUGUAGUUUAGUUUACGAAAUGUGAAUGAGUAUAAUACUCAUUUUCUCUUGGUAUUAGAUAGAAUUUGUAUAUAAAAACUGUUUAAAGCACUUUAAUAGAGAGGAGAAGUCGUAACGUCACGUGGCCAUAGUAGUAAAAUUUCUGGAUGACAACAAACCGAAAACAUCACUUAAAAAGUUAAUUCGCACUGUUUCAAACUUCGACGAUCUUAUUCAGUUUUAUUUAAUUUGUCAAAUGUUGCGAAAUUUUCUGGGGCUAAAUCCGAAAGGACCGUGUCUAAGGUUAGAAAAAGAAAAAGACAAUUUUUGCGUUGUGCUGGCCUACUUCGUAUAAAGGUGGGGCGUGAAAUUGGCAAGUUUCACAUCGCAAAAAAGCGUGAUGCACGUGUACAGUUGUUGUUUCGCUGAUAUAAACCUAUUACUUUUUUCCAGUUCUCUUCGCCGUCGCCGGCGUCGCGGCUAACCGUAUUUAAUCGAUUAAAUUAAACGCCGCCCUCGAUUAAACACCACAAAUGGAAGCAAAAUUACUAACGCCGCUCUUGAAUAAACGCAGCACCUCAGUAAUGAGAAGAAUGCGGCUUUUACUCGGGGAUAAUAAGAAAAACUUCGGUACUACUUGGUAUAGAUUUACACCAUUUAGACAUUUACUAUUCGAUUCUGUCUCAGCAAAAUAAAGGAGAAAUUGGAACCUUUAAAUUUCAUUACAUUUACAAACGAUUUACAAUAACUGUUGUCAGUGAUUUUAAAAAAAGUGGUUUCGAAAUAAACGCCGCAUUGGAAACGCUUAAGUUUUAAUAAAGGCCGCGGAGUUUAAUCGAAUAAAUGCGGUAAGCUCCCUGUUGUUUUGAUCCACAAAUUUUGCUACCAUGGUAACGUGACGCCACACUUCUCCUAUAUUUUGCCAUUACUUUUUACUGCCGACAAGAACGCUAAUUGUUAUAGCCAAGAUUGGAUCCGGGCGAAGUUUUUAAAGCCUCGAUAAUUUCUUCAGGUUAUUGCAAUAAAGGAAUUUAGCUUUUCUUAUCAAAGUGGUGAGUCUAUAAACCUGCGUUCUCUAUAUUUGUUACAAGUACACCAUCCUCUC